GUGUGCACGGCUACGCAAUGGCUCCCAGCGCCCCGCCUCGGACUUGGGCUUCCUGACGCUGCCAGCAAGCGGGGUCUCCCGGGCCGGCGUAGUCGUCAUGUACCCGCCGCCGCCGCCGGCGCCUCACCGGGAUUUCAUCUCGGUGACGCUGAGCCUUGGCGAAAGUUACGACAACAGCAAGAGCCGGCGGCGGCGCUCCUGCUGGAGGAAAUGGAAGCAACUGUCGAGAUUACAACGGAAUGUGAUCUUCUUCCUCUCAGCCUUUCUGAUUCUCUGUGGGUUCCUGUCCUACGUCCACAUGGCUGACCAGUGGAAAGCCCUGAGUGGCAGAUCCCUAGAAGAUCAGAAGAUUAUACCAGAAAUUCCUGAGUUGAAACCAGCAAAGUUGCUCAUCUUAUCAGCUCGACAGAAGGCAGGCGACAACCCAGAAGACUCUCCAAAGAUACUGCUUCAGAAGUUUGGAAAGCAUGUCCGGCGAGGACCCCCCCGCCUGCAGAUCAGACCCCCCAACACAGUCUCCAAGGAUGGGAUACAGGAUGACGCUAAGGAACAGGAAGCAGCCCUAGGAGAUGCUCAUCAGGAGGAAGACAUGCAGCGCACAGUCAUCAGCUGGCGAGGAGCAGUGAUUGAGCCUGAGCAGGGCACUGAACUCCCUUCAAGAAGAGCAGAAGCCUCCACCAAACCUUCCUUGCUGGCAGCCAAGAUGCAGGAAAAAACAGUGCCCCCGAAUGAGCGCCAGAAGGCAGUGAUCGAGGCCUUCCUCCAUGCAUGGAAGGGAUACCGCAAGUUUGCUUGGGGCCAUGAUGAGCUGAAGCCUGUGUCCAAAUCCUUCAAUGAGUGGUUUGGCCUGGGUCUCACGCUCAUUGAUGCCCUGGACACCAUGUGGAUUUUGGGUCUGAAGCAAGAAUUUCAAGAGGCCCGAACGUGGGUGUCACAGAAGUUAAACUUUAAGAAAAACGUCGAUGUCAACCUGUUUGAGAGCACCAUCCGCAUUUUGGGGGGCCUGCUCAGUACCUACCACCUGUCAGGAGACAGCCUCUUCCUGAGGAAAGCUGAAGAUUUUGGAAAUCGGCUAAUGCCUGCCUUCACAACACCCUCCAAGAUUCCAUACUCUGAUGUGAACAUUGGCACUGGAGUUGCCCACCCACCCCAGUGGACUUCAGACAGCACAGUGGCUGAGGUGACAAGCAUUCAGCUGGAGUUCCGAGAGCUUUCUCGUCUCACAGGAGUUAAGAAAUUCCAGGAGGCUGUGGAGGAAGUGACGAAGCACAUCCAUUCUCUGUCCGGGAAGAAGGACGGACUAGUGCCUAUGUUCAUCAACACACACAGUGGCCUCUUCACCCACCCGGGCGUGUUUACCUUGGGUGCCAGGGCUGACAGCUACUAUGAAUACCUUCUGAAGCAGUGGAUCCAGGGUGGGAAGAAGGAGACACAGUUGGUGGAAGAUUACCUUGCAGCCAUCGAGGGAAUAAAGACACACCUUAUGCGGCAUUCCCAGCCCAGGAAGCUCACCUUCAUGGGAGAACUUGCCCACGGCCGCUUCAAUGCCAAGAUGGACCACCUGGUAUGCUUCCUGCCAGGGACGCUGGCUCUGGGCGUCCACCAUGGCCUGCCUGCUAACCACAUGGAGCUGGCCCAGGCGCUAAUGGAGACCUGCUACCAGAUGAACCAUCAGAUGGAGACAGGGCUGAGCCCUGAGAUUGCUCACUUCAACCUGUACCCCCGGGCAGACCGACGGGAUGUGGAAGUCAAGCCGGCUGACAGGCACAACUUGUUACGCCCUGAGACUGUGGAGAGCCUGUUCUAUCUGUACCGUGUCACGGGAGACCACAAGUACCAGGACUGGGGCUGGGAGAUCCUGCAGAACUUCAACAAGUACACUCGGAUCCCCUCAGGAGGCUACUCUUCCAUCAACAAUGUCCAGGACCCCCAAAGGCCUGAGCCCAGGGACAAGAUGGAGAGCUUCUUCCUGGGGGAGACGCUGAAGUACUUCUACCUGCUGUUUUCUGAUGACCCAAACCUGCUCAGCCUGGACACCUAUGUGUUCAACACUGAGGCCCAUCCCCUGCCCAUCUGGGCCCCCACCUAGGGGAACAGUGCCUAGCCUGGGGACUACUGGAGGGCAGAAGUGGCCCUGUUGGGUCUGGUCAUUCAAAGGCUUUGUGGUGUCGGGCAGCUGCAGAGUGCUGGUACUCUUGCCCAGCUCUGGGCCACUCCUUGUCUCUGCUGCUAACAGGUGGCAUGAGGAACAAAGAGGAGUCAGAUCAGUGGGGAUGUGGCUCAAGUCAGAAGGGCUGGUGUUCAGGGUGCAAUAGUCCACCAGAAACUUUUGUUCAGCCUUCUUCCUCAGAAACUCAGAUCACAACUCCAAACUCAGAUCCCAAUUCCUAAGCCUGAACCUCCCUUCGCUGACUGUAAGGAGCCUUGUGAGGGUCCCGGGGCCUCAGGCCACCUCCUAGGGCCCCUCAGGACCUCAGAGCCUGCGUUGUGUUUAGUAAGAAGACCUGAGGAGACAACCCACAAGGUCGCUCUGCUCAGGCUAACAGAGCCUGUGGAUGUCCACAACCCAAGGAUUUAUAGGGGCCACUGUGACCUUGAGGGACCCUGUGGCUCUGGUGUUUCCAUGUUGGACUCAGGGAUCCUCCUAGCUGCCUUGCAGGGAGGGGGGGAUGGCAAGUUUGUCUUGUACCCUGGUAGAAUGGGACUUCUCAGCUGAGAUAAAAGGUGACUUCUACUGUGAUGGCUCCUGUGUGUGUAAGGGAUCUUUGGACUGGAAAACCUGAGCUGAUCUUGGGGGGCAGCAGUGCUGUUCCGGAUCACACCUCAUCUGUUCCCUGAGGUCAGAACUCCUGCUGCCUGUUGCAGGUAGAAGGUCAGCAAUUGGGACCAAGAUGCUUAGCCUGUGCUGUCCUCAUGUGGGUCCUAUGAAGGUUUUGCUCCUGCCAGCUGGUAGGACCACAUGGGUGGAUGAGGGAGGUACACCACGUGGUCAGGUGUUACCCUGUGGUGGUAUGAUUGGUGUCUGUGCCACACUCUUCUUGGAGUGGGGUCUUUGUGUGUGAACUCCUGGACAUGAGGCAGAGUUGGCCUCGCUAUGUCAGAUGGAGUGUCCUUGACACAGGGCUAACCUGUACCAUGGCUGGGAUCCUCCAUCCCAGACCUGGGUGACUCCUCACGAAGGCCUAGCUCCAUCCUCCUGUGGUGAGUGUGAGGAGUUUUUCACUUUUGUCAUUUCUGAAAGAUUCCCCCUUCCCCGGGAAAGCCAGAGUCCAGGCAGUACAGGGUCGGGCCACCUGACAACCUCAGGCCCACAACCCAUGAGCCAUGUGCCCCUUGAGGUCCUGGUGCCAAGGUUGAACAGGACAUGUUUCCUGCCUGUACGCAUUUCAGUGCCAGCCACUCUGCUACUCCCAGGGACAGCAGAUGUCCUCAGGGGCUUCCUAUCAGACUCCUACCUACACCAAGCUGGCUCUGACCCCAGAGGUGUCUGCAUGGAAGGACCCAGCUGUGAUGUGUUCUCACUGAGGACACCUUGGCACCUUUCCCCACAUUUAAGGGGUAGUCUCUUGACCCCAGCCCACCCCAUGGGUUGACAUGCAGGACUAGGCAGUGAUUGAAUCCACCUUACAAAUCAGACUGUAGAGCUGGAUGCCAGUGGAUUACACUUGUAAUCCUAGCAAGUCAGGAAGCAGAAAGAGGAUCAUGGUUCAAAGCCAGCCUGGGCAACUAGUUGGCAAGACCCUAUCUCUAAAAUAC